GUAACUAUGGUGAGAGUGGGAUGGAGGCGUUUAAAGAGAUGGCGGGAAAGGAAGGGAUUUGUAUCGCUCACUCGGAUAAAAUUUGGAGUAACGCCGGCGAGCAGAACUUCGACCGUCUGCUGGCGAAACUGCGCAAGUACCUUCCCAAAGCUCGUGUGGUGGCGUGUUUCUGUGAGGGCAUGACCGUACGAAACAUCCUCAUGGCCAUGAGGCGCCAGAACCUCGUUGGAGAGUUCCUAUUGGUCGGCAGUGACGGGUGGGCGGACCGGUAUGAUGUCACUGACGGGUACGUGCGCGAGGCCGCCGGCGGGAUCACGAUUAAACUGCAGUCCGCAGACGUCAAGUGGUUUGACGAUUACUACCUGAAACUACGUCCCGACAAUAACCCACGAAAUCCCUGGUUCCCCGAGUUCUGGCAGCACCGGUUCCACUGCCGGCUGAAAGGACACCCGCAGGACAACAACAAAUACAACAGAACCUGCGGCAAGCGCGAUUCUCUGCGGCAGCAAUACGCUCAGGACACCAAGAUGGGCUUCGUGAUCAACGCCAUCUACAGCAUGGCCCACGGCCUUCACAACAUGCAGAAAUCCUUGUGUCCCGGUGUGGUGGGACUGUGCGAUGCCAUGAGGCCCAUCGACGGCGCCAAGCUCCUCGAGUUCCUCAUGAAGACCAACUUCACCGGAGUGACCGGGGAACACAUUUACUUCGACGAGAAUGGAGAUUCGCCAGGGAGUUACGUGAUCAUGAACUUCAAGAAGAUGGGGAAGGAUUAUUUCGACUACACAAACGUGGGCAGCUGGGACAUCAGCGGUCUGCAGAUCAAUGACGACGAGAUCUGGCCCAACAGAGAGGACAUCAUCAGAUCAGUGUGCAGUGAACCCUGCGAUAAAGGUCAAAUCAAGGUGAUCCGUAAAGGAGAGGUCAGCUGCUGUUGGACAUGCACCCCCUGUAAGGAGAACGAGUUUGUGUCGGACGAGUACACGUGUCGCGCUUGUGAGCUGGGAUCUUGGCCCACCAAUGACCUCACCGGAUGUGACCCAAUCCCAGUGGAGUUUCUGAGAUGGGGCGACCCUGAGCCCAUCGCAGCCGUGGUCUUCUCCUGCUUGGGUCUGAUGGCCACGUUCUUCGUCACCUCCAUCUUCAUCAUCUAUCGCGACACUCCCGUGGUGAAGUCGUCCAGUCGUGAGCUGUGUUACAUCAUUCUGGCGGGGAUCUGUCUGGGAUACCUCUGCACCUUCUGUCUCAUCGCGAAGCCUCACGUGAUCUACUGCUACUUGCAGCGGCUGGGCAUCGGCCUAUCGCCCGCCAUGAGCUACUCGGCCCUCGUCACCAAGACCAAUCGCAUCGCUCGGAUUCUGGCCGGCAGCAAAAAGAAAAUCUGCACCAAGAAACCUCGUUUCAUGAGCGCGUGCGCCCAGCUAGUGAUCGCCUUCCUUCUCAUCCUCCUGCAGUUGGGCAUUAUCGUGGCGCUUUUCGUGAUGGAGCCUCCCGACGUCGUCCAUGCUUAUCCCUCGAUCCGCGAGGUCAACCUCAUCUGCAAUACCACUAACUUAGGUGUGGUGGCGCCAUUGGGCUACAACGGCCUUCUCAUCAUGAGCUGCACCUUCUACGCCUUCAAGACGCGCAACGUCCCGGCCAAUUUUAACGAAGCGAAGUACAUCGCCUUCACCAUGUACACCACCUGCAUCAUCUGGCUGGCCUUCGUACCCAUUUACUUCGGCUCCAACUACAAGACCAUCACCAUGUGCUUCUCCGUCAGUCUGAGCGCCACCGUGGCUUUGUGUUGCAUGUUUGCCCCAAAGGUUUACAUCAUCCUCGCUAAGCCGGAGAGGAACGUCCGCAGCGCGUUCACUACGUCGACGGUUGUGCGAAUGCACGUGGGAGACGGGAAAUCCUCAUCCGCGGCCAGCCGGUCCAGCAGCCUGGUCAACCUAUGGAAGAGACGAGGCUCGUCGGGAGAGACGCUCAGCUCUAAUGGGAAGUCUGUGACUUGGGCCCAGAAUGAGUGCAGUUCCAAAGGCAGCCACCUGUGGCAGCGUCUCUCCUUCCACAUCAAGAAGCGCGAAAGCAAUCAGACGGCCGUGAUCAAACCUUUCUCCAAAACGUCUGAGGGACGCUACUGCGGAGGCAGCGACAUCAACACCGACAACAGUAACAACAAGAUGCUCUACGAGGUCACCGAAGCGGAGGAGCGCUACCCCAUCAGCUACCGCCCCCAGACCCCCUCGCCAAUCAGCACCGUGACCCAGAGAGCGAGUAUUUCUUUAGCGCAAAGCAACGACGCCCAGGUCAUGAGCGUCUCCACGUACAUGUGUCAGCCUCAGCAUCGCGGUAACGUUUCGUGCGGCGGAAGUGCGUCGCAGGGCUCGCUAAUGGAGCAGAUUAGCUGCGUGGUGAACCGUUUCACCGCUAACAUCAGCGAGCUGAACAGCAUGAUGCUCACCAGUUCUCCUCCGGGAAGCACCGCGGUUCUAUCCACCAGCGCUUCUGCUCACGCUCACGCACAGGAACCCUGCUGUCCUCCGGCCUACCGCCUGUCCCGAGAGAUUUCCAUGCCGUCCACCAUGACGACCUAUGCCGAAAUACAGCCCCUCCCACCGGUGGAGCCAAACGUGGGUCGCCCCGCACCCUCCUGCCAUCUUUCCGGUUCAUCGCGGCUCAAAACGUCACCAACGACCAGUGGGAAGGAGCUUAAAGUGGGCGUGUCCUCGGUUAUGGAGUCGCCGUCCAAUCAGCUUGAGCUUGAGGAACUGCUAGCGCUGACUCCGCCCUCCCCCUUCAGGGACUCCGUCGGGUCGGGAAGCGCCUCGCCAAGUUCUCCCGCUUCGGAUGCCGAAAUGUCCGCACUUCCGCUUGUCCCGAAAUACGAUUGCCUGGUGCUCCGACACUACAGCCAGAGUUCGUCUUCAUUAUGAGGACCAGCAUGGCGGACAACAGAAUGAAGAAUGGAGCG